GAGGAGUAAUCCAAACCCUUUUGUGUUUCCAAAGACUGCAAUCUACAAGAUACAACAACAAUGGAUGUCACCAAAUACUCUGGAGAGUCUGUUCUCCUGCCCUGUUCCUGCACUGAUCUCCAGGCUCAGGGUAGAAAAUGGUUCAAAGACAGUGUGCAGGGCUAUGUGCGGAUUGAUCUGACUAAACCUGCAGACAGGAUUCAGGUGACUAAUCAGGAUUUUCCUGGAAAUUUCUCCCUUCUCAUAUCAGACCUGACUAAGGAGGAUGAGGGUUGGUACAGAUGUCAUGGUAAAAUCAACAACUACAGAUACUUCACACUCACAGUUACAGAUGCUGAAAGCAGAGGUGGAACAACAUCACCCCUCUGCAUCGCAAGUUUCAUUUCUGUACUUUUGCUACUGCUGCUUUUGGGAGGACUUGCAUUCACCUUCUGGAGAUAUAAAGGACAGAGAGAGAGGCAGAUGGGGAAUGACAACAGACAAAGAAGGGGCACAGACCAAGAACGUGAUAUGUCGGCCACACCAACAUAUGAAGUUCUUAAGCAUCGCUACAAUGCAGAACAGAUGUACUCGACCGUUGGACAGAACGCUGGAGUGCAGAUGUCGGCCACAUCAACAUAUGAAGUUCUUCAGCAUCGUUACAAUGCAGAACAGAUGUACUCGACCAUUGGGCAGAACGCUGGAGUGCAGGUGGGUGCUGAAUAUGUGCAGGCUGUUUGUGUGUGUGUUUCUUUCACAUGCUUUUGAAUGUAAAAGAUAUUGGAAUAUCAGAGCCAGUUUUGAACUUGGAACACUCUUUAGU